AUGAAGAAUAAAGAAAUAUCUGAUAUCUACAUACAGGAGAAUAACAGGACGGAGGUCACAGAGUUCCUUCUCUUAGGAUUUCAGGUCAGUCGAGGUUUAAGACUUUUCCUGUUCUGUCUGUUCCUUGUGGUUUAUUGUCUGAUAAUAUGUGGGAAUCUCCUGAUCAUCACCCUGGUGUCCACCAGCAAGAACCUCCACACCCCAAUGUACUUCUUCAUCUCACAUCUGUCCAUCAGUGACAUCUUGGUAUCCACAGAUAUUGUCCCCAACCUUCUCCACAUCCUACUGAAUAAUGGGGGGACCAUGGCUUUUAUUGAUUGUAUCACUCAGUUUUAUUUCUUCUGUGUCUCAGUAGUAUUUGAGUGUUUUCUCCUCACGGUGAUGUCUUAUGACAGAUAUGUGGCCAUCUGUAAUCCUUUCCGUUACUCUUCUAUCAUGACAAGUGGACAUUGUGUUAUGCUGGCCGUCAUCUGUUGGUUCUUUGCAUUUUCUGUUAGCUCAAUUUAUACCAUAACAACAGCAAAGCUAAACUUCUGUGUUCACAAUAUAAUUAACCAUUUAUUCUGUGACUUGGUUCCCUUACUAGAACUUUCCUGUUCUGACCCUACUGUUGUCCACUUGGAGCUUUAUGUAAUAGGAAAUGCAGGUUUCUUCAUCCCAACCACCAUCAUUAGAACAUCUACUAGUGGGGCUACAAAAACAUUAAACUUCAGGAAGGCCAAAUAUCACCAACUAAGAGAGGACCUCAGUGACAUAGAUUGCGAACGUGCCCUCAGUAAUAAAAGUACACAAGCUAAAUGGGACCUUUUUAAGAGCAUUCUGAAUAAAUCUUGUGAGUGA